AUGGCUUCAAAUAUGGAUGCCCAGCAUUCAGAUAAGAAGAGCGCAGAUAUCCAGCAGAUACAAACGGCAACCACAGUUCCAGCUGUGCUAGAGCCUUAUGGCCCAUCAGGUUUCAAAGGAAUUAUUUCGUCUAGAUAUGUUGUCCUGUGUGCCGCAUUCUCAGCCAUCGGCGGAAUGCUCUUUGGCUACGACCAAGGCGUCAUAUCAGUCACUCUAGUUAUGCCACAGUUCAUAGCAAGAUUCCCCGAGGUUUCUGAGACUGCGGCGGGCGGCGGAUUCUACAAGGGCUUGAUGACUGGGAUGAUUGAGCUUGGAGCUUUGCUUGGCGCAUUGAACCAGGGCUGGAUUGCGGACAAAAUCUCGCGUCGGUACUCGAUCAUCGUUGCAGUCAUCCUUUUCACACUUGGAUCAAGUCUUCAAACAGCAUCAGUAAACUAUCCGAUGCUCGUAGCAGCGCGAUUCAUUGGCGGUGUUGGAAUUGGAAUGCUCAGUAUGGUCGUUCCACUCUAUAUCUCCGAGAUCUCACCUCCUGAAAUCCGCGGGUCCCUUCUCGUCUUUGAAGAGUUCAGUAUCGUAUUCGGCAUCGUCAUAUCGUUCUGGAUCACAUAUGGUACAAGGGAAAUCCCUGGAAACCCAUCCUGGCAACUUCCGUUUGCGAUCCAAAUAAUUCCUGGCUUGCUGCUUGGACUUGGCGCUUUCUUUUUCCUGCCCUUUUCGCCUAGAUGGCUCGCGUCAAAGGGAAGAGAACAAGAAGCUUUAGCAGUGCUGUCAACAUUGAGAAUGCUGCCGAAUACCGAUCCAAGAGUCCGACGAGAGUGGAUGGAAAUCAUUGCCGAGUCGACUUUCCAGAAGCAAGUCCUUGAAGAACGACAUCCUGAGCUUGUGACGAAGACGAAGAUUAAUCGGCUGAAACUUGAGAUUGUAUCUUGGACUGACUGCUUGAAACCAGGAUGUUGGCGGCGGACACAUAUUGGAGCAGGACUCAUGUUCUUCCAACAGUUUGUUGGGAUCAAUGCUUUGAUCUACUACUCUCCAACUCUCUUCAAAACAAUGGGUCUCGACUACUCAAUGCAACUCAUCAUGUCUGGAGUUCUCAACAUCACUCAACUAAUCGGCGUCAUUUCAAGUCUCUGGACACUUGACCGCUUCGGGCGCAAAUCCAUUCUCCUGUGGGGAAGUCUGGGGAUGUUCAUCUCACACUUUACUAUAUCGAUACUCGUAGGCCUCUUCUCGAAAGAUUGGCCAUCUCAUCGCCCGGAAGGAUGGAUCAGUGUAGCCUUUCUGCUAUUUUAUAUGGUUUCAUUCGGUGCGUCAUGGGGUCCAGUGCCGUGGGCCAUGCCUGCCGAGAUAUUUCCUUCAUCGCUGAGAGCCAAGGGUGUUGCUAUUUCCACAUGUUCAAACUGGCUGAACAACUUCAUCAUUGGCCUUGUGACACCUCCUCUUGUUCAAAACACUGGCUUCGGUGCCUAUGUUUUCUUCGCCAUCUUCUGUUUAGGCUCAUUCGUAUGGACAUACUUAUUUGUUCCAGAAACCAACGGCAAGACGCUUGAGCAGAUGGACGAAGUCUUGAAGGACAGGGAUAAUUCUGAAGACAUGAGGAAGAAAGAGCAGAUUUUCUCGCAGACUGUGACGAGACUGGAAAGUCACUAG